AUGUAUGAAAUGGAAGGUGGAGUACUACUAGAGCAGGAUGUACCAAGAAAUUACUUGACGGGAAGCCAGCUCUCUGCAAACAAGCCGAUCGAUGCAAGCGGGUGGACACCCCUUCACUAUGCUGCGCUCUUUGGUCAUGUAACUAGGGCAAAAGAGCUACUAAACACGGACAAGUCGGUUGCAUACAUAGCAGACAAAGACAACAAGAAGAUUGCUCCACAUUUAGCAGCUAGCCAAGGCUAUGUCAGCGUAAUGGAAGAGCUUAUAUCACGAUGUCCGGAUUGCUGGGAGAUGGUUGAUGGCAGGGGUCAGAAUAUCCUUCACAUUGCAGCAAAAUACAAGAAAAAGAGGGCAAUCAAAUUUAUCUUGGAAAAAUUCUCCUUCAGCGGCCUUGUAAAUCAAAAAGACAGUGAUGGAAACACCCCUCUACAUUUACUUGCUGCUUCUGGUUGCUUUCAAGCUUCUCUCAUAAAGCACCCUAAAUCGGACAGGAUGGCCUUCAACAAGGAAAAUUUGACUCCUGUGGACUUGUGGAUGAGGCACCUCAUGGGAUUAGUGGUCCAAAUAUUUGUGGCGAUUUAA